GGUCGAACCAGGGCGUGUUACAAAACAAGAAAUGGCGAAAUGGCGAUAUUGCACUACGUACGGUUAGCCUAAAUAUCCCUGACUCGAAAGUGGUUAGCUCUCAAUAAUUGUAAGGGUUAUCCCUAACAGACACCCGUAUCCCACACUGACCCUUACUCACAUGGCCAUUUCGCCAUUCCGUGUUUUAAACACGCCCGUCGAGCCAAAAUACCAAUUUCAAGACCAAACGAGCCUGAUAUGUAAGGCGUUCCAGUUAUGUAGCGCACGCCAGCGUUUAGUUUUGCUGCAAAGGUUUUGACACCUUUAAAGCUCUGUAAACAAUUUUUCAUUUUAGGCUCAGCAUACCAUUUUUAAACCUCUUUAAUUUGACCCGGCAAUGAAAGUUACCAUGAUAUCGUAGUCAUAUCAGGCCAGUGACUUCGCAUAUUAUCAGAACAAUAGACACGGUUUCUGAUUGGCUAAUUGCAAAGUUGGGUGCUGCAAGUGAAUGUAACACUUGUUUGGAGAGGCAACCAUCACAUUCAGUUUUCAAUUGUUUAAUUCAAUGCUGUAAAGGUUUUAAGCGACAGAGGCAGAGCUAGUGGACAAACUAUCAAACAGUUUGUACUUAUUUGUCUUUCUGCUCCAAUGCAGGUCAUCCUGAGGUGCAGCUUCAUGUGCUUUUUACAACAGCAAGUCAAUUGUUGCUGAAGUGGACCGUGAUGUCGCGUGGAAGCAGUUUGAUUCAGGGCUAUGUAAUCCGUUACAGCUUGAGUGCUGGCUCUCCAUGGAUAAAACAACUCAGGAUCUCACCAUCGGUGACAUUCUAUCUAAUGAGAGACUUGAAGUCUUCUACAACAUACUACGUUGAGUUGCAGGCCAUAAAUAAAUAUUUCACGAGUGAACCGUCUGUGGUCGAGGUCACCACACAAGAGAGCGACCAAGACGCUGAGCUUCCCAAGUUACCUCUGCCUCUUCCCAAACGUCCUUCAGGAUUGGUUUACAAUGACGGCCAAUCCAGCGCCCCAGUGCACUUGUCUGCAUUUCUUGACCUGACUUGUGGUGACUCGCAGCAAGCGUGGCCGAUUAUCAAGAAACUUGCCAAGUCCUAUGGGCCUGAAAAACUUCGUUUGACCGUCCACUUCUUCGCCCUCGCGUAUUUCUACCACGCCUUUAUUUGUUUGAAGAGUGUGCACGUAGUGGAGUCUUAUAACUCGUCACUGGUGUUUCCGUGGAUAGACACAGUUUAUAACAACCGAGAUUACCUCAAAAACUCAGCAAACACAUCUCAAAUGCACCGAAUGGAGGUCGCAGGAUUUAUUGAGCAGAUGGCGAACAAGGCUGGUAUUCCUUCCAGUGUAAUGCGGGACGGACUAAGUAAUAAAACACUGGAAUGGCAGGCGCGUCUGGCCUGGAAAUAUGCUUGUUCAAAGUCGGUGAUGAGUACGCCAACGUUUUUCUUAAAUGAUGUGUUCAUUGCGGGUGAUGUAUCAGCAACAUGGAGCGAAGAACAAUGGCGGGGGAUCAUCAACAAGCUAUUACCUGAGGAGGAAACCCAAGUGAAGGAUGGAGGAAACUGAACUUGAUUCGAAUGCAGCAUGCGUUCCACAACCCGCGGAGUUAACUUGGCUUAAUUAAUUGCCACUGGUGAUUUUUAACUUAACUGAAGGCUUUGAACUAAUGAGGGCUGUCAUCCAGACAAUAAAACAUGUCAUGUAUUCGAUCAUUUAAAUAACAGGACUUUGUUAUCUCUUUGAAUGAGACGUUUAUUAAAUACAUAUGUACCACGUAUUGAAAAAAGAACUGAUUUAUAUUCCAUACAACAUUGACGAUCAAGCAUAUAUGUUUCAAAAUGUUUCUUAAGCAAAUGAAUACUUUCAAAAUAAAAGCCAUAUAAAAAGCUGUUACAAAAAAUCUGACUUUCUUAAAAGGUUGAAUCAGUAGCUAUUUGUAAUAAAUAAACUUACCUUUAAAUAUGGGCUUUAAUUUAGAAAGAUUGCUUUGUUUCAGCCAAGCCGAAACAAACUUUAUCGGCUUUCCUACAAAAAAUCUCUCUACGUCUGGCAAACGGUGCGUCGCGAUUGCGUUUGAUAAACCACGCGCACGAAGCAAUUUUUUGAUUCGCCUCGCCCCCCUACCACAGGGACAAGACCCCCUGGCACGAAGGGCUGGACUUGUCCCGGGGGUCGGUAACAGGUGGAAUUGAACAACGCGUAAUGAAGGCUGGUUUUCACCAACAUAUAAGCAAAUCUAUAAGCAUAAAGUGCUGACGCAUUACGGUGCUGAUAAUUAGCACCUCUUAGUAAAUGGUUUGAACCCAGGACUAUCAGCAGUUCGCCUUUUGGGAUCGUCCAGGUGAGGGGGUAGUUCUGAAAAGAACUGUUGUUGGUGACUGACGUUUCGACAAACUGAGCGGAAGUCAUCUUCAGAGUCAAAUGAAUAGUGUUAGUCAGUCGAUGGUGUCACGUGCGUAAGUCUGGUCUAGACCGUUCACAGCCUCUCUAUUUUUCAAUGCUCUUGAAAGAAAAAGCGAGCAAAGCGAGUACGAGGCACGCGAGCCAGACGAAGUACCCUGUCAAGUCUCCUGUUUUGUGCUGGCGUUCAGUUCUCUCGCGAUUCUAUCCGCGCGUUCAGCGAUCGAAUCACAAUACGAGAAAGCAGAGGGCUGUAAACAGUCUACUCUGGUCCGUUGAAAGUGAUUGGUCAGUUUAGCCGUGACGGUAUUAAGCGAUGCCUGAAACCACCACACCGCGUUUGUGUGUGUGUGUUGCUUGGGGUUGUGCUGUAUGCACAAGUGAAAUCCAUCCCUAUAGUGUAGACCCUUGAGUUGCAUCUAAUUUUAAAGUUACUUGUAAUUUCAGUAACUUGUAAUUUAUACACAACUUGUAUGCUUACUUCAAACAAAAUAUCAUUAUGAUUUGGUUGAUCAAAGUAAUAACACUCAAACUCAGUUGUAACGGUUGAUUUUAAAUUUUUCCAACCUCCCACUUGUCCAACAAGUCUUCCGCU